AUGGAUCAUCAGUUGGUUGCCUCAAUACCGGCAUCCAUUGGAAAUCUCGCCUUCCUCCAAUAUCUUUACCUCAGCAGCUAUGAAACCGAGGUUGGAUCCCUCCGGAGGUUGGUCGUUUAUACUGACUUUAAGUACCUCAACCUCAGCAAUAACGCUAUAGAGAGAGAGAUACCUAUCAAUUUGACUUCUUGUUCAGAACUUCUGGGCAUGGAUUUGACAGGCAACAAGUUAACAGGACUGCUAGAACUCGACUUCGCCGACUAUAGUUUCUCUGGAUCCCUACCUCUAAACCUUGGAAACUUAAAGGGGCUUGUCAGAUCAGUUUUCCCUAAGAACAAGCUAACAAAUUUGAAGGACGACGGCUUCAGAGGCAUAGGUGGCAAAGCAUCCAUGCCUGGAGAUGUCUACAGUUUCGGGGUUCUGCUACUGGACAUUUUCACUGGAAAACACCCCACAGAUGGCAUGUUCAAGGAUGGGACAACCUUCCAAGAAUAUGCUAAGACAGCUUUGCAUGGAAGAGCGGAAGAGAUUGUUGAACCUUCACUGCUACAAGAAGCAUCAUCGGAGUCACAGAGAGGUGGAUGA